AUGAGUUUAAUAGCGCUGACACCAGCAGCAAGAGUCGAUGAUGUUAUUCGACAGUUGUUUGACCAAUACAUACAGAUACACCCUAUAAAUAACCAAUACUUGCUUAAAUCAUCCAAUGGCAGCAGUAGCAGCGGCAACAACAAGAGCCACAUCCAGCAAUGGUUCAACUUACGUAAUCUACCCAUUGUGGGGAGAUUUGUUCCUGAGAUCGACGAAAAGACAAAGCUUAUUAAUGAACUACUUGAGUAUCAAAAGACAACAACAACAUAUCGAGAUUGGUACACCAUUUCCUUGAGGUUGGAUGAAUUAUUGGGGAAUAAUGCCUGGAAAUCCGAUCCUCAGUCGGAUAUUUACGACUAUAAUUUAAUUUACAAACAUUUGAAUGCAAUGAAACAAGCACGAAUGAACAAUAAUUACAAGUUGUUGUUGUAUUACAUCCGUACUACAUGGGUGCGAAACUUGGGAAAUAUGGGUGAUUCAAAUCUAUAUCGACAUUCCUAUGUUGGAACCAAAAAGUUGAUUGAAGAGUAUAUACAAGAAUGUCAAGUUUCACUAGGUUAUCUUGUUGAAGAACAUCAUGAUCAGUUUGAUUUUGAUGAUCGGUACUUAUUGGGGAUGUUGAUACAAACGAGGAAAAAUAUAGGUCGAACUGCGCUAGUGCUAUCGGGUGGUAGCACAUUUGGUAUUUUCCAUAUUGGAGUAUUGGCCACUCUAUUUGAAGCUAAUUUGUUGCCGAGAAUUAUUAGUGGCUCCUCAGCAGGAUCGAUUAUGGCCAGUAUUAUAUGUUCACAUACCAAUGAAGAGACAAUUGAGUUGUUGCAAACCAUAUCGCAACGCGAUUUCAACAUUUUCGACAUAACCGACAAGGUGGAAACUUCAAGCAAGUUUAAAAAGGUGCUUUUAUUUUUGGGCCAUUGGAUUAAAUUUGGAACCGUUUAUGAUAUUGAAGGAUUACAAGAGACAAUGAUUGGGUUUCUUGGGGAAUUGACCUUUAGAGAAGCUUAUAACCGUACAGGCAAGAUUUUAAACAUUACUGUUUCGCCUGCAUCAAUACAUGAACAAACAAGGUUAUUGAAUUAUAUAACUGCUCCCAAUUGUUUAAUUUGGUCAGCUGUUUGCGCUAGUUGCUCAUUGCCAGGAGUGUUUCCCUCGAGUUCAGUUUAUGAAAAGAAUCCCAAGACAAAUGAAGUACAUGAAUGGAAUAAUGACGAGUCAAUGAAGUUUAUGGAUGGAUCGGUGGACAAUGAUUUACCAAUCACUAGAUUACUGGAGAUGUUUAAUGUUGAUCAUAUAAUUGCCGUACAAGUGAAUCCGCAUGUUGUCCCAGUUUUAAAAGUAUCGAUAAGUAACGUGGGUGGUGAUGUUGAAAAUGAGUUGAGCUAUAAAUUAAAACAAAGCUUGAAUAACGUUUACGAUUUCGUGGUUUCGGAAGCUAUUCACUAUUUGCAGUUACUUAACGAGAUGGAUAUUUACAAGAACUUGGCCAACAAGACAGUUUCUUUGUUAUCACAACGGUAUUCAGGAGAUAUCACUAUAUUACCUGAGUAUAAAUGGCAAGAUUUUACCAAGAUUUUGACUAAUCCAAGUCAUGAGUUUCUAUUGGAGUUUAUAUGUCGUGGUGCUAAAGCAUCUUGGCCCAAGAUGAGCUUAAUUGAAAACCAUUGUCGGGUUGAAUUUGCUCUUGAUAAGGCGAUUUCGGUAUUGCGAGGCAGAAUAGUAACGUCAGGUAAUUACCGUUUGACUAAUUCGCCAACAGCAAUGACUAGUGGAACCGCUAAAGCGAAAGUCAAUGGAAGUGGAAGUGGAAAUGGAAAUGGUAACAAUGGCAGUGGAAGUAGUAUGGCGAUAACUUUAGGAUCUCAAGGUAAUGGAAGCACUACCAAAAUUGGUUCCCCUAAUGGGGACACUGAUGGAGACGAUGCUGAUUUAGACAUUGAUAUGGAUGACGAUGCUGAUGCUGACGCAUCAGUUGUAACCACACCCUUGGCAACAGCGACAAGAACACCACCACGAAUGUUGAAAUCACUGGAAGAACGGCAAAUUAGACAAGGUAUACGUAAAUCUAAAUCGUCAAACUUGAUCAAUUCAGUAAGGUAUCAUAGGGAGAGGAAUAGUGAUGGGAAUAAUAGCAGUGGUGGUAAUGGUGGUGCUGAUACUGGUGGUGGAUAUAGUCAUGAAGAAAGAGCUAAUUUACCAUCAAGAUCCAGAUCGUUGAAGAAUUCAUAUAUAGGGUUAAAUCGGUUGAAUGAUGAUGAUCCAUAA